AUGACUAAAAUAUUUGAUCAAAAAGUAAUUAUAGAUGGUGCAUUGGGUACUGAAUUAGAGAAAUUAAUAGACCCCACAGCCUCAUAUUUACCAAGUAAAAGCCCAUUAUGGUCAGGUCAAGUAUUAAUAGAUGCACCACAAUUAAUUGAAAAAGUUCAUCAAAAUUAUAUAGAGUCGGGUGCAAAUUUAUUAAUAACGUCAACAUAUCAACUUUCUUACGGUAGUUUAAAGAAACAUACUAAAUUAAAUGAUAAAGAAAUUACAGAAUUAUGGCAAAAUUCAAUAAAUGUUGCUGAAGAAGCUAAAUCAAAAGCAAAAAAGCAUAGUGAUUUAGAUAAAAUAUUUAUUGCUGGUUCAAUGGGUCCUUAUGCAGCUUAUUUGGCUAAUGGUUCAGAAUAUACUGGUGAUUAUGGUGAAGUAAAAGAUGAAGAAUUACGUAAUUUUCAUGAACCAAUGAUUGAUUUUUUUUAUAAUAAUGAUAAAGUUGAUUUAAUAUUAUUUGAAACAAUUCCUAAUUUUCAAGAAUUAAGAGUUGUAAAUGAAAUUAUGCAAAAGUAUCCUAAUAAAGAUUAUGUAUUAAGUAUAACUUGUCAAACAAACGAUAAAUUAACAGAUGGGACUCCAUUAUCAAAAAUAAAAGAAUAUCUUGAUAAUAAUUAUAAAUCAAAAAUAUUAGGUAUAAAUUGUGUUGAUUAUAUUCUAGUAGAUAAAAUCAUAUCACAUUUUCCAGCUUAUAAAUUUUAUAUAUAUCCAAAUUUAGGAUUUGAAUAUGAUUCAAAAAUACAUCAAUUUAAACCCAAAGAUCAUGGAAGUGAUAUAACAUGGGAAAAAUUCAUAAAAAAUUUACAUAAAAAUAAUAAUGUUAUUGGAAUUGGUGGAUGUUGUAAUACUGGACCUGAAGAAAUAAACCAGAUUUAUGAAAUAUAUCAUUCUUAA